CUCACGAUUUCUGAAUAAACACUGACAAAUUUUAAAAAUUUACUCCGUUUGACGGGAAUGGAAACGUCUUGGCACACGCCUUUUAUCCGAACGACGGUCUCGGAGGUGACAUACAUUUCGACGAUGACGAGGAUUGGACUAUAAACCCUGGAGAGUUCGACGAAGGUGUUGAUUUUUCUGCCGUGGCCCUCCACGAACUCGGCCAUUCCCUCGGCCUGUCCCAUUCUCCUGAACAAGGAUCGAUCAUGAACCCAUAUUACAAGGCGAAAAAGGAGCUCGGCUACGACGACAUACUCGCAAUGCACGAGUUGUACAUUUCCAGGAGGUUGGAAGAGGAAGGUGACAACAGUGACCAUCAGGAUGACGACGGGGCCACUCGGGAACCGGAAGUCCCAAACUUGCCCACCACUCCACGAUACACUGAGCGGCCUCAUUUCCCGGAUCGUCCUCAUGACCGGCCUCGUUAUCCGCAUUAUCCCCGUUUUCCGCAUUAUCCGCACUACCACCAUCCUUUUCACCACCACCACAGCCACCAUGACCAUCCAAGGCCUACGAGGCCGACAACGGAAGAAACAAGACCGACCUACGAAUACACGACUGAGCCCACUAGAAAAACUACGAACUAUUUUGAGGUAAAUUUUAAGAAAUAAAUUUUUCUUUCCAUU